AUGCACUUGUUGAAUCACGAGGUGCUGGCCUUUGGUGGACGUCUGUGGUGGGUGGAUGUGAGCUUGGGCGUCCUCUCCAUGGACCCGUUCAGUGACAAGUGUGAGCUCCGCCACAUCAAGCUGCCUCCCGGCAGCGUCCUUCCUCGCCAAUCGCACGCAGAGAUUUGCGACCUUAUCAAAUACAGGCGGAUGGGUGUCAGCGACGGGAGGCUGCUGUAUGUCGAGGUUUCAAUGGAGGCGCCCUACCAGAUCAGGUCAUUCGUGCUGGACGACGAGAGCGGCCGCUGGACGUUGGAGCACCAGGUGUCACUGGAUGCCAAGGAGAGGCCUUUGGUUGGCGCCAUUGAUCCGCUCAACGCUGACUUGCUGUACCUCAACUUGGGCGCUGAAGUUAUUGUUAGCAUGGACAUGCGCCGGAACAGGAUCAUUGCUCAGUCAUCUGUGUUGGCCAGUGGUAUCCAUCCAUGCUAUUGCGGGUCAAAUGUGUUCUUGCCAUGUGUGCUCCCGUCAUUUCUUGGAUCAAGCCAUAUUCCAGGUGAUCACAGCAGUGGCGGAUCCAGGAAAUCAACUUUGGGUGUUCAAUUUUUUUUCACCCUGACAGAGAAGUCCAUUGGCCCAUAGCAAUACAGAUUGUUCACAAAAACAAAAAUAGCUCAAAAGAGGAAGAAACUUACAAAGAGCUAUAUAUCUACUCCCUCCGUUCCAAAAUAGAUUACUCAACUUUUGUACUAAUGUUAGUACAAAGUUGGGUCAUCUAUUUUGAAACGGAUGGAGUAAUUCCAAAAAUAAUUCAUAUGUUAUUUUUUUACUAAUGAAUUCAAUCCAAAGAUAAUUUAUUUGUUGUUUUUAAAUCAACAGUCUUCCUCUUUACUAAUGUGGUCAUGUGUAGAGCUAUCUAUUUCUAAAUGACUAAAUCCAAAUAUAAGCUCCUACAAAUGUACAUGCCGCUCAUUCCAUGACCCGUUUGUGCUGAUGUUGCAUCCGCGGCAGGCAUGGCACUGCACGGCUUGACUAUGGGGGCUCCAUCCAGUUCGCCUCCGGUGCCGUCGGCUUGGUCGAGCCCUCCACCGGUACAGCCGCACGCCCGCUCAGGCCCCGUGCUAGUUCGGCUCUGGUGCCGGUGGAUUUGCUGAAUUUAGACUGAGUUUUUUAAUGGGCAUUUGAACUAAGUUGAGCUGCUGAGUAUCUCUAGUGUUGUCCUGCGUGAGAGUGUGAGAGCAGAGGCGGUUUGUUGCUGCUCUUGGGCUGCUGGUUACUGGGCUGUGCCGCUGCAGCCGAUGGGCUUAUUGAUCUGUUUUGCCACACGAGAGCUUAGUAUUUUUGUCAUUUACAUAUAUAUAGUUUUUUUUGCAGGACAUUUUGGGUGUACAUCUGUACACCCAUGACCAAUAGUGGAUCCGCCCCUGGAUCACAGCAUGAUAUCUACCGUAUAAGUAUUGUGCUGUUUAUACUCUUAGUUGCUAUGUGUGUUGAGUAAGGUGUUAAGAGUUCCUGGUAACCUGCUCUAUGCAUUGUAACUUCAAUACUACUUUAUAGCUCAAUUAUUGUUUUCUAGAUCAAGGAAGAGUUUACACCCCUUGGCCCCUGCAUCAAUAAUUCAUCACACAGCCAAAUUUUAGUGCAUUGUUUCCGCUAACACUGAUAUUAGAACAAAAGCAAAAUUAUGUUAAAUGAUGCUCUCAGGCAGCACUAAUUUUAUGAUGUUGAUGCCACCCAUUGUAAAAACAUUAUGUGUCAUUAUGGUGGCUUUCAUUCAAAUUCUUGUAUCUUGACCAAAGGAACUUCUUUUCAGGCAAGAAGGGUGCCCCAAAACAGCUAACUUUAGCUGAUGUUCUGGUUCGUUCAGACAAAUGCUAGAAGAAAUGAAGGUACCAAGUUACCAGCCAUUGUAUCUCUUGGUUGAAGUCUUUUUAUUGACCCACUCUUGCUAUAUAUCAUACAUUCACAUGUUUAGGAUGAUGUAUUCGUCUUACAUAUAGUCAGCGCAUUGAGUUUAUGACUUGAUAUAAAUGUUGUGCGUAGUUUCUCAAUGACUACUAGUUGUUGUCCAAUAUACCAGCAUCCUACUAGACCGUCAUUGCUUAUCUGGUUGGUAUUUCAACAGAAUUAGUAAUUUGUUUGGGACUCAAAAUACUAGUUGCAUAAUUACAUGUUAGUGUUAAUGAUAUUUCUCACAUUUGUUAUAAAAAAUAUUCAUUUCACAAUGCAGUCUUAUAUCAAUAGCUUGUAUAUUGUAUUGAUGGUGGUGCUGACAAUAUUUGUGUUUGUUUUACCGUGCACCUUUCAGAUGGGUGUAUUUUUGUUUCUUAGCUAGUAGACCUGAUUAAAUUCGCAAGUGCAAAUUAGGCAUGAAGUUGUGUAGCGUAUAAGACCAUGACGGAUGUAUAGCAUUGCCAUCACUAGUCUUUCCUUUUCCUGAAGUAUUACCACUAGUCAAGCCUGAAACUCAAGCUUGUUAUUUCUCAACAAGUGAUCACUGUUUUUCUGCUUCAAUCAAGUAGAAAAUAAGCAUGUUGCACACUGGCCAAGUACUACUGUAGUAGUGACUGUUUGUUUAAAAUAACACACUGCGUUAUCUUUUUUUAUAUCACGUUUUCCUUGUCGAAAUGCACCUCAUGCUCAUAUUGAAACAUCCCUGAAGUUUCAUACUGUAUAUUUCACUAACUUUCCGUGUUCAUUUCUUAGAACUAACAGGUGCAGGUGCUCUGAUGGCUUAGGAAGCUGAUGAUGGUAGUUUGGUGAACUCUCGUUUUGCGGAAAACCUGGAGAAACAUGCUGUUUUAGGAAUUUGGUCGCAUUUUGGGGUUAGGAUUAACCUGAGAAGUUUGGCCUUGCUGUAGUUUGCUGACGAACCAUGUGAGUUGUUCCGGACCUACAGUGUCAGCCUGAAUAUUCGCAGCAUAUUUCUCAAUUGAACCACCAGGUAAUAUGGCCAGUACAUCGAGCUGUUACGUUC